AUGACAAAGCUGGUUCUCUCCACGGGCAAUGUCAUGUCCGUCGGACCGACCGUGAUCCGCAAAUCGAACGGCAACUCUCGAUCCAACCUCGAACUCGUCAACGCUCUCCGCGAGAACUUCCACACUGCACAGCAUGAUUAUGCAACCUACACAAACGGCAAUGGCAAUGUAAACGGAAACGGCUCACACAGCUCAGUUCCUGUUGAACAAUGGACCGAAACCGUCGACGAUAUUCUCUUUGUCCCCAAGAUAGAGUGGCAAGGCGCUGGUCUUCGCGACGCUGCACAGCAGUACGAGAUUACCGUCAAAUUAUUCUUCUUGCCAAACACACCAGCCUCGCAGCAUGAGACUUAUAUUCGCGAGGCGUUAGCCUUAGUCCGCAAAGAGCUACGCAUUGAAACUAUUGACCUUCUUGUCGUCUCAUUUGCUGGCAUGUCGUUCGAAGGUACCUGCGAAUGGGAGGCCGACAAGAUCAACGCUGAACAAGGAAACUUGGAUGAACAAGUCACUACCUGGCAAGCUCUUGAAAAGCUACAUCUUUCUGGGGCAGUAAAGAACCUUGGCGUUGCAGAGUUCGGAAGCGAGAAGCUCCUCGCCUUCAUGAAGCGUACCACCGUCCGCCCUGCCGUCGACCAAAUCAAUCUCAAAGACUGCUGUUCAGUCCCCCCGCCAUUGAAGAAACUGGCCCUCGAAACCGGAAUGGAGCUCAACGUCCACACCGACUGCACUGAUAUUAUGCCCUCUGGAACCAUGCGAGAGUUGCUUAAUGGUGGCCAGCUUGGUGCCGGAGUAGUUGCCGACAUUAAUGGCAAUGGUCCUGGUCUGAAAGGCGAGCUUGUGCCCGAAUGGGUUGUGCGUUACACAGCAUUUGUAGCGGACAGAGGCGUGGUUGAGAACAAGGGAUACUUCGCGGGUGCCGAAAUUAUCCCCAAUUAG